GUGUAUAUGAAAACAUAUAGGAGAAUAUGUUAUUCCACAACGGCAAUACAAUUAUUCUGAAUCUAUACACAAAUAAUUGAUAAAACGGAUAGUAUAUAAUUAAAUCGUAUUUCGGUACCGUAACAAUCAAUAAAAAUUAAAUAAAAUAAAAAGUGAUAUUCUUGCCCCCCAUUAAGAGAUUUAUUGAAAAAAAUUGUUUUAAUCUAUAUCCGGUAAAUAAAUACAAAAAUUGUGCACACGAACAUCGUAAACAAUUACAAGUAUAGAAAAAGGGUGUAUUUUAGAGUUCAUGGUUUUGUUUAGUAUAGUCUUCAAUCCAAAUGCCAUCCACCCUAUGCGUUCUAAAACAAACUUGAAGAUUAAUGUACAGCACUGUUAAUAAAUGUUAUAGUGCCACCAAAGUAUCUGUUUGUUAUUAAAAUUCAACAUUCCAGCAAAAUAGUCCGGGCUCCCAGCGCAGUUAUAAUGGGGAAUGUUUGUAGUUCCGGUCAAAGCAAGAAAAAGGACAGCAUUUCUGAAAAGUCAGAGGAUUCAUAUCACAUUAAUAAAGAUGAGCCAUCGAAAGAACUUGGUGAAAACCAGUUGGCCCCUUUAGCAGACCAAGAACUUCUGCCUGAUAUCGCCAAAAACAAUGCUACAUCGCCGAACGAAAUUAAUAAUGAAGAAAGCGAUAAUAAAUUGGCAGCGACUAAGAGUACAUUAAAUGAUAUUGCCACAACAACAAUUAACACUGAUAAAAAUAACGAAUUAGUAAAUGGAGCGGUGGCAAAAACCACAGUCCCUACGUAUAUGUCAAUACUUCAGGGAAAGCCACUUUUGGGCAGGAACAAAAAAAUUGUUCUGUAUAUUUUAUCGGACAAUAGCCCAGAAUACCGAAAAUACAUGCGAAUAAUUUACAGAUUGCAAAAACAACUAAGAAAAAAAUGUCACCUUAAAGGAUUUGAAUUUUUAAUAUCGGAUGUGCACAACACAGAUGCGGUGGACAAAUCUAAAUCAUCAAUUCUUAUGCAAACGAGUCGAUGGACACAGAGUCCCUUGGAGGCUCAAGGAGGUCACGAGGAAGCAGCGAAUUGUCUAUCAGAAAUAACAAGACACUCAUCUACAGCUUUCAUAAUUCCAGUUCUAUUCCUGGGUUCUUCAUUAGGAGUAUCGAUGCUACCUCUGACAAUAGAGAGUCAAGAUUUUACACAAGUGUUGACUGCGGCUAGUGACGAUGAGAAGACGCUUUUAGAAAAAUGGUAUAUCAUUGAUAACUGUUAUCAGCCAAUGUGCCAUCGAUUAAACACAGAACUCUGUAAGCAUUCAACAGGGACAAUUGAAGCAGAACUUAACAACCUGUAUGAAACUCUAUUACAAUUGUUUUCUGAUGAUCUUAAGGAUUCAUAUAUGUCAACCACGGUGGUGGAGCAAGAAAUCAACAACACAGUUUUAAUGAGCCAAGAACUUGCCAAACGUUGCAUUUGGAUACAGACUGGUCCUCCGCCAUUUUCGAAUACAUCGGAGACCUCUUCGGCCUAUGACAAGGAAGUUCAUAGAAGAAUAAAUAAGUUGUAUGGAGAACUAAGGGCGCACUUGUCGGAGAAAAAUUUAAUACGCAUUCUCCCAGCAAUGGGUAUUCAGGAUGAUGAAUUGGAGUCUAUCAUUGAGAGUUUAGUGGAGAAAUCCAUUGAAUGUAUAUUCGAAGAAUAUGCGGCUAAGAAUAAUUUAUCAAGAAACACAUUUGGUGUAGAUCACGUUCUUUUGGAAGAAAUCGAAACUAUAGGCCAAUAUUCGAAAAUACUUGCUCAAAACUCGCCGAAUUUCGAUAUUAUGAAUGAUAUUAAACGAUACAUAAAAGACAACACAUCAUAUCCUUUAAUAGUUUCUGGGCCGAGUGGAUGUGGAAAGAGUGUGUUUAUAUCCAAAAUUGUCGAAAAUAUUCAUAGAUGGAAGCCAGAUAUAAAUUUAAUUCUAAGAUAUGCUAACUUGACAGCUCGCUCCUCAGACUUGGUGUCCACGCUGGGUUCUAUUGCCUGUCAAAUGUACGUACUGGCUAAUGGGCAUCCAAUUAGAAUGGAACAUACAUUAGAAAGCUACUCAAAAAUAAUACAUGAUACAUCAUCGCAAAAUAAAUGUAUGUUUGUUAUCAUAAUUGAUUCGGUAGAUGAUAUUAUGAAUGAGACUAAUUUGAGCUGGCUUCCAAUAAAACUUAGUUCUACGUGCAAAAUAAUUCUAACUUUAACCGAGAACAACAAUGAGAAGAACUCAACUCUGGAUAAAUUGAGUGAGGCUGGAAUUCCGCACAAAUGCUUCGUCAAAAUGAAACAAUUCAGUUCACGCCAGUGGCAAGAUAUUUUAAGCUCAGGAGGAGGUGAAUUUUAUGCCGCUAAUGGAGCGAUAAAAAUGCCCAAUGAAUGGAAAAUGUUGCAUGGAAAAACUCCUUUUCAUGCGAAGUCUCUAUGGUGGCUUGCUUGGCUUGGUCAUACAUCAGUUACUAUAGUAAACAUUGCGGAAAUGUUAGACAAGCUUUUACAAGUCAUCGAAUCUAAAUUUUCGAAUGAUUAUGCUGAGAUAUUAAUGCUCAUGAUAUCACUGUCUCAGUGGGGCAUCAGAGAGACAGAUUGUGUAGACAUUUUUCAGAGAGCAACACAAAUGGACGCGCAUGCAGCUUUUCGGAUAUGGUCAAAGUUCUGUUGGCUAUUGGGUCCCAUGCUCUUAAAUGUUCGAAAUAUUCGAAUAGCAGACAAAUCGCUUCGCAACGCAAUUAUUCACAAGUACAAACACAAGCACGCACAUGUUCAUCAAAUCAUUCGCGAGUUUUUCGACAGACAGGAAAAUUUCUUUACUAAUUCAAAUGAUAUUACUCCAAUCUAUAACACAGAGAAAUAUAUAAAGUUGCCUUAUCAUCAUUUUUGUAACGUUAUGGAGGACCACACGGGACUAAACAAAAUGGAAAUUCUGUUUCACUCCUUUUAUUUUACCGAGCUUCAGUGGAUGGCAGAUAAGGUCCACGCAACCGGUCCCAGUCAUUUGAUGAAUGAUGUUCUAACUUGCGAACAUAUGGCAAACAUUAAAUCUCAACCUUAUGCACACAUAAGGAUUUUGAAAGACUUUCUCUGUCAAUAUAUGUAUGAACUGAAUUACGAUGGUCAUCAAUUUUUUACUCUUAUCAAAUUCUAUAUCAAGACGCGAAUUGCAGAUGAUCCAUCGUUGAAAGACGAUCAAAUAAUACGUUCAUGGCUUGAAACGGCAAAUGAAUUGGAAGUUCCGUUCCUAGAUAUUAUUAAUAAAUCUUUUGGCGACGAACUUGGGAGCGGUAAAACAAGCUAUGAUGCUUUGGUAAAUUUGCCCCAUCAGGGAUUUUUUAUAGCAUCUAUAAGCACAGAUAGGGAAGAGAUUUGUGUGUGGGAUAUCCGAAACUGUACUCGUGUUCGCAUCCUACAAGGCAUUUCACAGCCAACUGCAAUGUGUCCAUUUGGUGCCUAUAAUGCAGCUGUAUUAUGUAGACGAGAAAUAAAAGUUAUCAAUCUUGAUGAAGGAAAAUUCAAGGUAACGCUAAAGGGAGUUAUGAAUCAGAAAAUGCCAUAUUUUGGUCUCCAUGACCAAAAGCAUCUUGUGUGUUUGUCUCGAAACAGGAUGUAUGUAAAUCUAAUGAAUCUAGAAUCUGGAGAUUGCGUGACAACGUUUAAGGCUGGUGAAGAUCGUUUCCUGAACUCGCUUCUAGUUUCUGGAGAUGGCAGAAUACUGGUGUGUGGCGAUGAGACACAAAAACCGUUUCCUCUUCUUGUAUGGCAUUUAUCACAACGGAAGCUAUUGUACGACUUGCGUAUUCCUCACCACGAUUUCAUAACUUCUCUCUCGGCCAUCACACACGAAGGUUCGUAUGUGUGUGUUGUGGCGAAGGAAUUAAAUGAACCCACUCCAAAUUUUAUUGUUGUAUAUGAUCUUCAAAGUGGAACGCUUUUCAAGAAAUGGAAGCCUUCUUGUAAUACCACAUCCUUGGCGAUAUCACAGACAAAUGCUUGCGUUAUUGCAGGUCUCGAAGACGCAAAAAUACUUAUAUGGGAUUUGGUUACUGGCAACUGCAGAUCAAGUUUAGUAGGACACAAUGCACCAGUUACGAGUUUGAAAUUGGAUCCUAUGUGUAAAGUUCUACUAUCAACUGACAAGGAAGGGCGAGAUAAUGCUUUACGUUUGUGGGAAUUGAAUACAGGAAAAUCAUUGGCAGUUUUUAAGCCACCCUGUCCAAUUUCGGCCUGUGAAAUUCUUCCAAACUGCACCUAUGUUGUUGUUGCAUUAUCAAACAGAUCAGAGCUUUUAACUUUAGCCCUCAAUAACUUUGCAUUGGACUCAACGCCAGACGAUAGUCUUUAUGUUCAAUAUGGCAAUCAGGAUAAUCAUAAUAAAGUCUUUCACCUAAACAUGGACUAAUUAGCAAUUGAAAACUCAUUAAAAAAUUCCCCGUGCAAAAUGUUCUAUCCUUUCGUUUUUUUAUUUGUCUGAAUAUGGGAAAUAAAACUGUGCAAAAACUCUCGAUACAUAA